AAGAGCCAGAUUAGCAAACACUCGGUCGGCGUCGUCCGCGACGCAGGGGUUGAACUAAUCAAGAUUCUGGCUCGCGAGCGUCUGGUUUCCGAGUGGCGGAGGGCAGAGAUGGGGCCCCCCGGGCUUCCGUUCGUCGUCACGCACGUCCACGACGAAGCCCACUUUCGAUUGCGGGCCAACCUCCCGACCGUGGAAGACUGUCGGUUCCUCAUUCCCAGGGGGGCGCACAUGUUGAGCCGCGCCCGGGGUUGCAGCGUCCAGAACCACGUGGUGCGGAUAUUCUUGGGCGACCAAGAUUUGCCGUGGUUCACGGAACUCCAGCCUCUCAGCACCAAGAGUGCCGCCACCAUCGCCACGUCGAUUAUCCAGGUUGUCGAGGGCAUGCUCGAGGCCGUCGGCAUCGACGACCGGGCCGAGCCUUUGCAUGGUUUUCGUUCACUUAGUCACUGGCGAUGGCACCAAUGCGAACCCGGCCGCCCUUCGCAUCGUCCUGGCGUAUUUUCUCACGCAGUACCCGCAUCGACAGAAGCUCAGGCCGGCGGACUUGGGAGGCCGGUCGUGGCUCGUCGUCAACGCCAUGGCGACGGACCCUGGCGAUUGGACGCUGCAGGACGGCGUGGUCGUCGCGGGCCGCUUCAACGUGGGCGAGAAAGCGCUGAUGGACGUUGUCGUCCCAGAUGGCAAGUGGGCCGGGAAGUUUGCGCCGGCGUGGGCUGACUGGGCCAAGUCCGUGGGCUGCUCCGGCAUUCACUGGUCCUCCAUGGGCGACUACAACGGAAGCAUCGGCAAAGGUGCUGAUUUCUCUGGCUUCCUGCAGGCGUCUCACCAGAUAGUGAAGGACAAGGGCCUCGGGCAGAUUGCCAAUUUCGCCGAUGGUUUCGGGUGGAAUGCCACGUUGGUGCAGCGGCGUAUUAUUGCUUUCCCUUACUGGGUCGUCUUUACAGUACCCGAACAGGAGGAUAGGUUUUUCAACGAGACUCCCAAGGGGAGCGUCCUGGUUUUGUACCCAGGCGAGUCUGCAGACCACGGCGAGGAGCCGUGGAACCGUUUCGUGCGAGGCGUCAGCCCGCUGGAUGUCUUGGUCCUGCGGUGGCAGAGGGCCCGCUGCCACGGGGACAGCUACCUGGCGGUGGGCGAUGGGUCCAAGCGCGUGACCAGCGACUACACCCCGAUGGCCAGCGAGAUGAGCCCAGAUGAGAUUGCCAAGGUGCGCAAGAUGGUCUUCGGCAGGUACACAUGCGAAGAUGGCAAUGUCAUGCAUGCUGAAGACUUCGAGUCAACGACGAGAGGCAAUGCCACCGAGGGCACCGACAUACCUGCUGCAGACACUGAGGCAAAGAGCAAGCACAACGGCACUGAGGCGGCCGAGCGCGGUGCCGGCGCGCGGUUCCUCGACAAGAAGCGGAGCCACGGCGGGGCGCCGGGUGCGGCAGGCGAGGCCGAGAGCGAGCGGCACGUGCAGAGGGGCCGCCUGACGAUCCAGCUGGGCGGCGGCCGCGGCAGCAUCGAUGGCAUCGAGCAGGUCGUGGAGGCCACCGUCAGGGACGCGUUCGGGUACGAGGCAGUCACGCUGAGCGUCGUGGACCGGGCCCUGUCGGAUGCGCACGCCAGUGGGGAGGCUUACGAGCUCUCCUUCGCGGCGGCCUGCGGGGCCCCGUGUCCGCCCACCGGGCCGCCCCGGAGCACCUCCGACGUGGUCCUGGCGGGCGCCAUCGAGCGAGCCGCUUCCUCCGCAGGAGCCUCCGUGAUGGUCAAAGCCGCGCGAUUUCGAAUUGACGAGGGCGAGGAUGCAUCUCGUGUUGCUGGAGGGGCUCCACCGCAGGUGACGGCCACAGACGCCGUCACUGAGGAUCCCCAGGUCAGGAAGGCGAGCGACGUGAUCAACAGCGACGUGCCCGCGCAAAGCGCCCUGGCGGCCGCUGGCGCCGGCACCCGGGCCAGCGGCGCCGGCGCCGACGAGAGCCCGAGCGCCCAGGCCUGGCAGGCUUCGAGGGGCCGCCCGCCGUCGGGCUUCUGGCUCGGGGUGCCCGUGCUCGUCGGCGCGUUCGCGGCACUGACGGGGGCGUGCUUCUCGAGGAGCGGCAGGCCGACGCCAGCGAGACCGCCCCCCGCAGCGGCCGGGGGCCCGCCCGGCGCGGCGGGCGCCGCGGGACGCAGCGGCGCCUCGGGGGCCGCCACGGACUGGGCCUACCGGAUGUCGGCGAGGCCAUGCAGACCGAGCGGUGAUGUGGACUACUGAGCGAGGCAGGCUUUAUCUGCGCAACCGCCUAAUUUAUAGCCGCUGACGGGCGACCAUUGGCUUCACUUCAUGUCCUCCACCAUGUUCUUCUCUACCUCCGAUUCCUCCUUCUCAGUCACCCCUCUGCAUUUAUCCACCCAAGUUGAUGGUAUCCAGGGGCAUGCGUCUGUUCUUGCCCCUUCUGUAUUCCUGCAUUAGGGGGGCACGGCAUCGGCCAUUGCAUGAAUAAUCACAUGAAUGUGCUUCGUCCUAUGUGAAGGGCGGAGUCUUCGCAGCCGGACGUAAUAAGUGUUGCGGCAUGCAAGGUCAGCGCAGACACGAAAGCGUUCAGGCUGGAUAAAAGAUAGUCUCUGGAUUUGCUGCAGUCGUGCAAUUAGUUCGUGCUUCACA